AUGCUCUCUCCCGGGGCGCGCAUCAUCCAGGAUACAGGUGACGGAGGUGCUCGAGGUCAGGUGCAACAUGAAGGGGGGGGAGGUUUCCGUCGAGGGUAUAAAUUUGGAUCUCGGCGUCGGGUAUACGGCUGUACAGUGUUGAGUGUACACUAUACAGUACACAACUACACACUACAACUACACACUACAACUACACACUACAACUACACACUACACACUACAACUACACACUACAACUACAUACUACAUAAGUACACAUUACACAACUACGCACACGCCACUUCACAAGUCAGACAGGACAGCGCUAUUGUCGUUGAUGUCGAUGGGCCGAAUGACGCUUUCGACAACACACAUGCACCCUUCCCGCAAAUCCCGUCCCCUGUUGAGCGAUCACGGCAUGCUGAUGCAUCAGCAGGGACUCUCAUCAGAGAAGCUCAGAGAACAGACCAAUCCGAGGAUGCAACCCUCUGGACGGCAUAUCUCCAGCGCCGGAUUGAUGAAGGAAACGUCUGCAUGCCAAUCAUUGCCCCGAAAUGCUUCGAGAAGGCCCGUCUUGGAAAACCGGCCAAUUUCAACUUGGUUUAG